AUGGGAUAUAAACCUCUCCCCGUUCGCCAAUUGGCUAUCAUUUGUGCAUGUCGAUUCGCAGAACCAAUAUGCUUCACUGUCAUUUUCCCCUUUGUUAUCUUUAUGAUCCGUGAUUUCAAUAUCGCUGAUGAGACGCAUGUGGGCUAUUACGUUGGCAUGAUCACUUCGGCAUUUGCAGUCGCUCAGCUCAUGACAGGCAUUUUAUGGGGAAUGCUUUCAGAUCGAAUUGGUCGACGACCUGUGAUCCUGCUAGGACUUACCGGCACAUUGACGAGCAUCAUUCUCUUUGGUUUAUCCCGAUCAUUCGCAUGGGCCAUUAUUUCACGUAGUCUUUGUGGCGUCUUGAAUGGCAACAUUGGUGUCUUGAAGAGCAUGGUAUCCGAGAUUACGCUUGAAAAUGCACCCGAUCAACGUGCACGCGCCUUUUCCAUGCUUCCGCUCAUGUAUGGUCUCGGCAGUAUUGUAGGCCCAGUCCUUGGAGGUCUACUCUCACAUCCAGUGAAAAACUAUCCAUCUUUAUUUGGACGAGGGGGCCCAUUAACUGAUUUCCUUACGGAGUUUCCCUAUUUCCUUCCAUGUUUUAUUUCGGGAUGCAUUUGUGCUGUCGGCUUGAUCUUUGGCAUCUUUUACCUUGAAGAGACAUUGGGUGGUACUGCUUCUUCAUCAACAACGUCCAAAAGCAAGAAUUCUGAAACUGCACCAUUGCUUCGAAGCGAUUCACAUCAUUCGGAUGAAUACAACACCUUUGAUCGUUCUCCUUCACCUACUCCUACGAUCACGGAUGAUACCAGGAAGCAUGAUCAUGAUGACAAAAAGAAGCCUUCUUUACGUGAAUCGUUGACACCUGCUGUAUUGGGCAUUUGCUUCUCGUAUGCUUUAUUCGCAUUCCAGGCUAUCUAUUAUGAUGAACUCUUCCCCAUUUGGACAGCAAGCGAGCGCUCGAAUGGUGGCCUUGGUUACCGAUCGGAUGAGAUAGGCAUUGCUCUCGCUUACUGCGGCGUUGUCACGCUGGUGGUGCAAUUGUUUGUGUUACCUGCAAUGACAAAGCGCUUUGGUCUACUACGCCUCUUCCGAUUUGUGCUCUGUGGAUGUGUUGUCCUCUACUUCUUCCAAGGUUUUAUUCGUUACUUGUAUGAUAUACCUGAUAUUCAUGGUCACACGGGUACAAAGACCUGGGUAUGGGUUGGCCUUAUCAUUGCCGUUACCUUCAAAACCUUAUUCCAUUCGACGGCAUUCACGAGCUGCACCAUUCUCACGAACAAUUGCGCACCAAGAUUGGAUGCACUAGGAGCCAUCAACGGAUUUGCCCAAUGUUGUGCAAGUGGUAUGCGCGCUUUUGGCCCUGCGUCAUGUGGUAUCAUCUGGUCUGCAUCGCUUGGAGCAACUUGGAUCCCAUACCCUAUUCGAGUCCACAUUUCGUGGGUAUGCCUCACCCUCGUUGGGGCACUCACAUUCUAUACGAGCUCUCGAUUGAAUCCACAAGACUAUGAUCUCGCCAAAUUCAUUCCAGCAGAAGAUGAAGUAGAACAACCAGAAAAUGAGGAUCAGCUCAAUCAUCGAGCAUGA